AUGUCCACCAUUACAGCAGCUGCCUCUGAUAAGCCUGCGUGCACUCUGGCAUCGCUGGACCAUCUUGUAUUAACUGUCCGCUCUCUGCCCGACACUAUCAAAUUCUACACGGAAGUUCUGGGGAUGGCGCAUCAGUCCUUCACAUCGCCGUCAGAUCCCGGCACAACGCGACACGCCCUUCUGUUUGGAAGCCAGAAGAUCAAUCUUCACCAGGCCGGGAAAGAGUUUGAGCCCAAGGCUCGCACUGCUCUCCCGGGGACUGCGGAUUUGUGUUUUUUGGCCAAUGACGAUGUAGGCGAAGUACUGAAGAAGCUGAGCGAGAGAGGUAUUGAAGUGCUGGAGGGUGGGCAGGUGGUGAAGAGGACGGGGGCGAGAAGCCCGUUGAGAAGUGUUUACGUGAGGGAUCCAGAUGGUAAUUUGAUAGAAAUCUCCAACCCAACUGUGCAAUGA